AUGACGAUCUCAUCCAGAUCAUUCCUCAGUCCAGCCAGGGUUGGGGCUGCUCGUGACCCACCGCCGCUUUUCCUCUCAAACUCGCACAAUCAUAGGCUCAAAAAUAGUCGUAGCAUCAAAGGCGGCGCGUCUCCCGCAAUGUUUCCUACCAUCGGUAAAAAAAGAGGAAGCAGUUUUGAAAGCCCUAAACCGUCUUCCCCUAAAGUUACCUGCAUUUUUCAGGUUAGGAUGAAGAGCAAGAAGAAGCACACGAAAAAUCUGAGUUUAUCGAGACGACAGAGUGCCGAUGAAGUUAGUUUCAGGAGAUUCGAGCAUUCCGGUAAUGGGUUCGGUAGUCAAAGUCAAAAUCUCGGUUCUAAUCAAGAGUGUUUACCAUUGCAGAGGAAUAAUCAGAGAUGGUUUCAUUUACCAUUGAUGAUUUGUGAAGGUUUAAGAGCAUUUGGGUCUGAGGGAGGUGAUGGAAGUGGAAGAGAUGCCAGUGGUGGUGGUGAGAGAGUGGUUGAGUUAAUCGUCGGAGACAAUGAUGAUGAGAAUGAGGAAAUUGAUGAGAUGGGUAUUAUGAAUUCAAGAAGACAUGUAUUUCAAGACUUGGAGAUUGUAAAUGACAUCAUCUUUGGGACAAUCGAUUAA